UUCUAUCUAUUCUAAAUGUCAAUUGAUUAGGUAGCACUCAUCAUGAACGAAUAAGACGCGAGAUAAUGGCUAAUCAUUCUCAUUCUUCUUCAUCUGUGAAUUUGAAUGCAGCUUGGAUUGAAUUGAUGUUGACCCAUUCUUCUAAUCUAAAUUUGUCCAGUGCAUUUAAUUUCACUACCGAACAAAUCGAUUUGUCUGAUUCGAAUUUUUCGGGUGACAAUCAAAAAUUGUUGCAUCUGUUUGAUUUGAACCUCUUCCAACAAUCGACAAUCAAUGUGAGCAUGAAAAAUAAUGAGCAACAAGUGGAUAUACAGUUCGUAGACUUUUAUUUACAGAUUGAUUCCGAUCUUCGAUGGACUGUUCCAAACGCAAUUGAUAAGGAGGAACCAUUAAAGUCAAUACGCAUAAAAGGAAAUACAUUUACAGUAAAUUUACAAAAAAACAUUAAUGAUGCGAAUCUAUGGCUGAAUCUGACUUGGACUCCUCAGCGUCAUCACUUAGUCAUUGACAUUAAAUUAGAAUGUCUCGAAUCGACUGUAACUGACAUGACCAUAGUGAUGCGUUCUUUGAUUCGUUCAGAGCGAAAAGAUGCUCUAAUGUAUGGACAAGUUUCUAUGCUUGAAUUGAUCGACGAUGUGUUUCCCGACGAUCCAUUUUUCUCUGCAGACAAUCUUACCACAUUGCUACAAGAUGGUAUGAAUCUUCGACAAUCGCUAUGUUAUCAUUGGCUUAUGUACAAUCGAAUCAACCAUAGUCAAAUGGAAUUGCAAGCCUGUUAUCGGAUUCAUAAUCUUUGCAAUCUGAUUGGUCAUUUUGUGCAGCAAAAACAACUGUUUAGAACCCCAAAUCCAUGUUUGUCUUGUCCGGUGCAACAAUUAGUUCCGAUUACUUCAUCUGCGAAUAUUCAACGAGUUCGUUUUGGAUCAAGGCAAAUAGUCGAAAACAAUGAUCGAGCUCAAGUUAUCUACUUGCUUGAUGGCACUUGUCAUAAGCCUGAACAGCCUAAAUUCACACUUCGAUUUCUUCUACAAUUGAAACGGCUGUCUAAAGUUAUUGAACGGCAAUUUCGAUCUCAACGAAUCAAAACAGAAUUUUCGCUAGUAAUAGCAAAUCGAGAUGGCCAAUAUGAACAGGCUUGGCCACAACCGGAACCCCAACUGACAUUCGACCAUUUGAUUAAGUUUCAGUAUCGCAAUCUCAAACCACUACGCUUAACGAAUGGCUCAUCCAUAUGGAAUGAGACAAUGGUUCGUCAAUCCUUAUGGCCUGUUGAUGGCCGACAUUCCCUGGAUUUUCUCUAUCAAUUUGCCUAUUCGCCGCGACAAACAUCUCGACAUUUCAUCAUGAUUGAUUGCAGUCAUCUAACUAAUGUAACGGGCCAGACAAAUGAAAAGAAGCAUUCUACAUGCAGAGAAAACGAUAUAGAUUUCAAUACCGCUCGCAACAUAUUACUACAAUCUGCAAAUUAUUUUCAUGUUGUUACAGGACAUACCUUGACACAGCGGCCUUUCAGUUCGCCCAAGAUGCGUCGCAUAAUCGGGAUUGAUUGGCAUCAGGUUAUGUUUGAGCAACAAGUUGCUGCCAUAUCGAAAAUGAACGCAAGUUUAAAUCAGAAUCAAAAUACGAACAACAGUCAGGCAACUGUUGCCCAAUGGUUAAGGCAGCAUAUAACACCUAAUCGUGACCUAUGCCAUGUAUUGGCAUUGGAGACCAAUGGAUCAGUGUUCAACCACCGAGCUUUGAAACAGGCCAAUCGUCAGAUAUUCGUCCAUCGUUUAUUUUCAAACCAUCAGACUAAAUUAUGUCAACGAUGUGAUUGCACACUGGCAAAAGAUUACCUGCUAGCCCAACAAGAAUGUUUUCUCUGCCAAUCUCGGCCGCACACAGUUAUGAAUCGUUGGCAUCAUCGUGAAGCGAAAAAUUUGAAUUCCGAUAAUCAAUCUGUUAGCCCACAAGAAUGGACCGAUGAGGAUGAACAACAAUUUCUGGAAGCUGAAGGUCACUCAUAUGAUAACGAUCAGGAAUCUGAUGAUUUGAAUAUAUGAAAAUUAAUGAAUGAAAUCAACUAAAUCUAUCAUCAAUAUUUCGAAUGAUUAUUUAAAAUUAAUUCACAAUGUGCAAUACGCAUGUCUCUGUU